CUUGGCUAAAAAAAAAAAAUAAUUAUCAAAGUGUCUUUGAUAAAAUUAAAAAGACACUUUAAUUUUAACAAUGAUUGAAAAAUUUUGUCUGCUUGUAAUUUUGCUGGCCAUUUGUUUAAACAAAGCAAAUGGAAAGACAAUUCCAAAAGUCGAGUAUUGUAAUUCAUUGUCCUGCAACAAUACUGCCAGAUCAAUAUUGAACAACAUGGACACGAGUGUACAACCCUGCAAUGAUUUUCUUCAAUUUGUUUGUGGUAAAAAUAGACACAGCAAUGAUCCAACUGCAUCAAAAAUUAAUCCAUGGAAAAAAUUGAGAAACCAAAUUCAAGAAAAUAUUUCAAGCAAUGAUGAUAGCCUUGUUAAAAUUGUCAAAUAUUUUUACAAAAGCUGCAUGAUAACAAGUAAAUUUGAUAAGCAACAAUUGAGUAAUGAAAUUGUUGAUAUGAUUGAACAAAUUGGUGGCUGGCCAGUUGUUAAAAAUGACAAAUGGAACAGUAGUUUAUUCAAUUGGAAUAAAACCAUUUACACAUAUGACAAUGAAAAAUAUUGGAAUUUAAAUUUCUUCGAUGCUAAACUUGAAGUUGAUGUGAAAAAUAAAUCUCAACAUGUUAUUUAUUUGAGUCAAUCAUCACUGCUACAAUCACAAGAAUUUUUAACAGCAAAUUUUAAUGAUAAAAAUGUUAAUCAAGAUUAUUUAAAGCUUAUGGUUGAUGUUGCUGUUAAAAUGGGAGCUCAAUAUGAUGUUGCAAUUAAUGAGCUUAAAAAUUGUCUUGAAUUUGGAUCUCAGCUUGUAAAUUUAACUGAUGCUAACCACGAAUCAAUGAGUCUCAAUGAUUUUAUUGAAGAUAAAAGUUACAUGAAAAACCUUGAAAAGGUAUUAAAUCAAACUCCUAAAAAAUCACAAGCUAAUUUUGUAGUCUGGAUGAUGAUUCAUGAGUUUGCUGAGUUUAUAAAUGAACCAAUUGAUGGAAAUAAAUUAAAAUCAGACAAGUGUCUUGAUAUAGUUACUAAAAAGCUUGUUGAUAUUACACGAGUUUUGUAUGCUCUGGACCAAGUUUAA